AUGAGUUCCUCGGCGGACAUUUCAACAAAGGCCGCUGCCGGAGGUGCCACCGUCCGGCAACGUCAGAAACCGGCUGAUAUCGCCUCUGAACGGGACGGUCGUUCCGAUGCCCCCUCAAUUCCCGGCGCUCCGACUCCAAGCUCCGAGAAUGACCGCAAGCCCGCAAAGACCUUCGGCCGCACGCCGGACGGCACAGUCUUCACCGUUCCCACUACCCACGAUAUGGUCUCCCAGCUUCUUGACCCCCGCCAACCGAAAAAUCUUUCCGACGUCCUCGUCCUGGCCAUGUUGGCUUCGAUGAUCGGCGCCGCAUAUGUUCUCCCCUGGUCGCUGAAAAGGCCGGUGUUUGCCUUGAUCUUCCUCUUCUGGAGGGCCUCUUAUAACAUCGGCAUCGGCUGUCUCCUGACCAUCCAAUCUCAACACCGGAGGCUCGAGACCUGGGCGACGAGGUGGAAGCUCUUCGAGCACCCGGAUACCGGCAACCAGCCGAGGCCCUGGCUCUACUCCAUGCUCAAACGGGAACUAGAGGCCAAGAUCCCCGUCGACUACGACUUUGACAAGGCGCCCCGCGAGUACAACACCUGGCUCGUCUUCCGCCGCGUCGUGGACCUCAUCCUCAUGUGCGACUUCGUGUCGUAUUGUCUCUUCGCCAUCAUCUGCGGCCACCGCCCCGACGGCGAGAACAUCAUCGUGGGCGCCGCGCGCUGGGGCAUGGGAAUCGGCCUGGUCUUGUUCAACCUCUGGGUCAAGCUGGACGCCCACCGCGUCGUCAAGGAUUACGCCUGGUAUUGGGGCGACUUCUUCUUCCUCAUCGACCAGGACCUGACUUUCGACGGCGUAUUUGAAAUGGCCCCGCAUCCCAUGUAUUCCAUCGGCUACGCCGGCUACUACGGCAUCUCCAUGAUGGCUGCCAGCUAUGAGGUCCUCUUCAUCUCCAUCGUCGCCCAUCUUGCCCAGUUCGCCUUUCUGGUCUUCGUCGAAAACCCUCACAUCGAGAAGACGUACAACCCGCCUCCACCCCGGAAGCGGACCAUGUCUGGCGCGCAGAACCAACCAACGCCGCCGGUUCUGCCCUCGGGCGAUGCCUCCGAGGAUGCCGUGCUUGACUUGCCCGCGCAUUUGGUCAAGGAUUUACCGCCCCCCGUGCACAAUCUUAUUGGACCUCAGAACCUCGACCUUUUCCGUGUCACCGACUCUUCCGCCGUUCUCCUGGCAUCCUACGUGGCCAUCCUGACCCUCGUCACGCCGUCGACCCCGUUGUACCAGGGCCUUUUCGCCGCCCAUGCCCUCGCCUGGCGCGCCUGGUACCACGUGGGCUUGGGCAGAAUCCUGACCGAGCAGUCCCGGAGCAAAAUGUGGACGAGGCACUUCCUCAAGUACGGGGAGAACACCACCGAGGCCUGGCGCCAGUGGAAGUCGCUGCACUACCUGAGCAUGGUCCUGUGCAACACCUCGUUCAUCGCCGCUUGUUGGAAGCUGUAUUCGUUCCCCGACGACUGGAGCUACGGCUCGGCCCUGCUCAAGCACGUCGCGGGCUUCAGUCUCGUGGCCCUUCAGGCCUGGACCGCCGUGAGCGUCUACAAGUCCCUGGGGGAGUUUGGCUGGUUCUUCGGCGAUUUCUUCUAUGAUCACGGUGCGAAGCUGACCUAUACGUCCAUCUACCGCUUCCUCAACAACCCGGAGCGCGUCUUCGGAACGGCGGGCCUAUGGGGCGCCGCGUUGAUUACCUGGAGCCCGGCCGUCUUCGUCCUGGCUCUGGCCAGCCAGAUCAUGAACUUGGGCUUCAUCGCCUACGUCGAGAAGCCCCACAUGCAGAAGAUCUACGGCCGAAGCCUGCGCCGCGAAGCCGGGCUCACCAAGUUCAUCAAGCGCUCCCUGCCGCCGCCUGUCCAGGAUUGGCAGAGGGGCGUCGACAAGGUCAUCGACGAGACGUCGCACUUUGUGGAGGAGUUCCUGGAUACCGCGCGCCCCAAGUUUGCGUCCGGUGUCAACUCCAUCGUUCGCGACACCACCGCCCUCUUCAACCUGUAUCCGGCUCGCUUCACCAUCACCAGGCUGUCGCCGGACCUGGCCGGGCUCGAUCCCAAGCACUACUCUCUCACCGUGGAGGGGACGCCGUCCACCGUGUCGCCGGCCAGCGAGCGGGCCACCGGCAAGGAGAGCCUGCGGGCCCGGUUCGCGCAAGACGUGGAGACCAAGAUCUUCGAGUACGGCGCGCCGCUGCGGGUGAAGUGGAGGGCGCCGGCGAACCACAGCAAGACGGACUGGAUCGGCCUGUACAUGGUGACGGACAACCGGUCCAGGGAGGUUACGGACAUCUCUUCGCUCGGGCGCUGGGUCCCCACGUCGCCGGGGCAGUACGAUGCCGCCACGUCGGACAAGGCCAUCCUGGUGCCCGACCGGCCGGUGCCGGUGCCGGCGUCCCAUGAGUCGGACCCUUCUUCUGCGGGCACGGGCACGGGCACGGGCACGGAGCUCGUCGAGGGCGAGGUCAUCUUCGAGGGCGACCGGCUGUGGUGGACGUCCGGGGUGUUCGAGUUCCGGUACCACCACAACGGGAACCACAACGUCAUGACCAUCUCGCAGCCCUUCGAGAUCCGGGUGGGCAAGUUCGACGACGACGAGGACGUCGAUGCGCAGGGGACGACGUACCAGAAGGGGAUCGAGGAGGCCCUGCUGCCCGUGGUCCGGAACUGCCUCGACAGGGACCCGGACAUUGCGCCCAACACGGCGGAGGAGCCGUUUGGGAGCCACGUCGAGCGGGACAGCAAGUACGCCAAGCGGGUGGUGUACGCCAUCCACCACAUGUUCGGGGUCGAGUUUGCGCCGGCGGUGGUGCGGUCGGACGGGAACGUCAGGAAGCUGGCGUGGCGGAUUUGCAACGCGAAGCAGGUUUUGGCACCGUACAGCAUGUCGCAUUCUAAGGGAACUUCGACACCUCGCGAGAAGGACAGUCCCUGA